UGCUGACAAGGCAUUAUGGUCACUACCCCGUAACAGAUAACAGCCUAUAUAAGGAUGUUGCUCUGAGGGCUUAACUACACUCUCUAUCUGAAACAGCCAGGAUGAAGCUUUUGGUGGCUGUCUCUAUGUUGCUGGCUGUGGCCAGUUGUGCCAGCCUGUCCCUUGAAGACCUGGAGUUCCACGCAUGGAAACUUCAAUUUGGGAAGUCUUACAGCUCCCCCUCCGAGGAGGCCCAGCGCGAGCAGACCUGGCUCAGCAACCGUAAGCUGGUGCUGGUCCACAACAUGCUGGCCGACCAGGAGAUCAAGUCCUACCGCCUGGGCAUGACCUACUUCGCGGAUAUGGAAAACGAGGAGUACAAGCAACUGAUCGCCCGCGGCUGCCUGAAGUCCUUCAACACCUCCGCCUCCCGCCACGGCUCCGCCUUCCUCACCCAGCCGGAGGGCGCUGACCUGCCUCCCGCCGUGGACUGGAGGGACAAGGGCUACGUCACCGAAGUCAAGAACCAGAAGCAGUGUGGUUCCUGCUGGGCUUUCAGCACAACAGGCUCUCUGGAGGGCCAGACCUUCAGGAAGACGGGCAAACUGGUGUCCCUGAGCGAGCAGCAGCUGGUGGACUGCUCCGGGGAUUAUGGCAACUUGGGGUGCAUGGGGGGUCUGAUGGACAGUGCCUUUGAAUACAUCAUGGCCAGUAAAGGCCUCGACACAGAGGACUCCUACCCCUACGAGGCUGAGGACGGGCAGUGCCGCUUCAACCCCGACACCGUCGGAGCCACAUGCUCGGGCUACAUGGAUAUCAAAACCGGCGACGAGAAAGCCCUACAGAAGGCCCUGGCCACGGUGGGACCCGUGUCCAUCGCCAUCGACGCCUCCCACUCCUCGUUCCAGCUCUACCAAUCAGGUGUGUAUGAUGAGUCUGAUUGCAGUAGCACAGAUUUGGACCAUGGUGUUCUGGCUGUUGGAUACGGGAGUGUCAAAAACCAAGACUAUUGGCUGGUGAAGAACAGCUGGGGUCCGAGCUGGGGAAGCGAGGGCUACAUCCUGAUGAGCAGAAACAAGCACAACCAGUGUGGAGUGGCCAGUUCUGCCAGCUAUCCUCUGGUGUAAGAAGGUGAUGGAGGACGUCCCAAGGUGUGACAAAUGUUGAGAGAUUGGAAAUAUUAAUUUGUAUAAAUCUAUUAAAAUGUCGGAUUUAUUGAUCAAUAAACUUGUUAUCGCUUUGUUUACUCUACUUAAUUUGGUC